CACAGAUCAAAACAGUCUAAGCAAUUAAAUUGUGAUUGUAAAGGCACUAAGAUGCAGUCAAAGUCCGGAGAAGCAUUUGUUAGAAACAGUGCUCCCCCGGCAUUGCCACCCAAGCCAGGAGAUGCAGAGCAAGAGAUGUGAAAAGCCACAGCUCUCAUACAGUAUAACCCAGCUGCCCUGGAGCCACUGACCCUCAAAGCUGGGCUCUCCAGAAGAUCACCAGCCAAAGGGCAGCGGCGCGCUGCGCUCUGCCCCCGCCAGCCUCCUCCAGGCAGACGCGGCCAGAGCCGGCUGCCGGGCCCAGGUGGUCCUGCGGCCACAGCCACCUUCGGCCAAAAGUAAGACACGUCCCAGCCCCGCCGGGCGCUCUGUCCGCGUCUGCCCCCGGCGGGGCUCGGGCCGGAUCAGCUGUGCGGGCCUCUCCAAUUAGCCACCGGGGCUCACCCACGCCCUUCCUCCCGCCGCAUAAAGGCCGGCGGGGCCGCACACGCCGUCGGCAGUGAUAUGCCCUCACCGUGAGGAGGAGCGGUUGUGCCUGCAGCGGCUCCCCGGCCUGUCUCUGCCGGUCGUUGCCUGGUCUGCCUUGUUCGUGGAUUUGGGGCCGCUUUCCUUGGUUUCGAUCCCUGUCGUCACUGCGGCAGCCGGCCGCCCCGCAGAACCGCAGCGGCCCGCUUCAGCCCAGCCCGCUGCCGGUGCGCCGCCGCGGGGGCACCAUGCCUGCCGCCUUCUCCGGCAAGCGCCCGGGGCUGCGGCUGCUGCUGCUGCUCUGCCUCAGUCUCUCGGGCGGGAGCCCGGCAGAUCCAACUGUGACAACACAAGAUGCCAGCCACUCUCAGGCAAACUCUUUGACUAAGAUGCAAACUGGACUUAAUGUCUCUUCUCCUGAGCCCAUGACAACUACACGAACUGUCAACAGGCAAACUCAGGGGAGCCCUUCAGAUCAUUUGACAUUUGGACAUAAUGUAUCUGUACCUGGUCCAGAUCUUACCACGCAAGAGUUCAAGCAGGAAACCAAAGAGCACGUGUCUAAUGCCACUUUUGUGGAGUAUGAGAUACUCCUGCCUGGUGUUUCUGGUACUUCCACGGAAAAGAAUAUCACUUUAGACCGUGCAACUAGAAUUGAGCUUUCAUGCAGAUUGGACAAUAAACACUCUCAUUUAAAAAGUCUUCAAGUCACUUGGAAGUGGGGAAAUGAAACACUCAGACACAUCAACAAAACUGAAAACAGCUGGGGCAUCCAAUUGAGGAUCUGGGAUAACAGUCAGCUGGGAAGCUACAGUUGUACUCUGAAAGGUGAAGAAGAAAUCAGUGCUGUGUUUCAUUUACAAGUACCGAAAAUUGAAGGAAAAGAAAAACCCAUAGUCAGUUAUGAAGGAGAUACAGCUGUGAUGAUUUGUAAAAGUUUUGGCUAUACUCCCACUGCUUGGACCUGGUAUAUGACCAAUGGAAGUGAACAGGUUGCCAUUAAUGACUCUUUGCUGGCAGACAAGUAUGUAAUUAAUAGAGUAUCUGCCAAUGUAACCCAUCUGAAGAUACUGAAGCUCACCAAGGAAGACAAUGGUAUAUAUUGGUGUGAAGCUGGUUUUGAAUUAGGGAAAAGUAAAGGAAAGCUGAAGCUUAAAGUUCUAUCCCUCAUGGUGCCUCUCAAACCCUUUCUAGCAAUUGUGGCUGAAGUUAUUGUUUUAGUAACUGUUGUUUUCCUGUAUGAGAUGUAUUCAAAAAAGAAGGAGAAAUGUGCAGCAGAUGAAAAAGAAUUUGACCAAAUUGAGCAACUUAAAUCUGAAGAAAGCAAUGGUCUGGAAAACAGUAGCACUAGGCACAGAAAAAUUUAAUCUGGUUCCUAAAAAGGAGAUUUAAGCCGACAGAAGUGGAAAUCAUCACAAAGCUACAGAAGAUGUAUGCAGCUAUGCAUUUUAAAUGUCUGCUAUGCUUCUAAGUAGACUCUACACUUAAGCUAAAUAAGAUGCUUUGAAAGUAGCUGUGAAACUGCUCAUUUUAUACAGAUGAUAAUGUAUUCUGAUAUAAUGCAUUUAGGUCUCUGCUGUCUGUACCAUUGCCAUUUUAUUACUAAAAGGCAAUUUUUACAUGAUCAGACUUCCUGUUUUAUGACUGAUCCAUUUGACUUUGUCCUGAAUUGGAACUAACCUUGUAUUCACUGAAUGAACAGGAAAUAUAGAAUGAGCCUAUUAUCCAAGUGUUAUAAAGCUGGACUUUUAAGAUCAAAAAGUAUCACCACCAAAGAAAACACCUUUUAAUAGCAGAUGAAGCAAAUGUGACACAGCUUUUUUUACCAAAGAAAUGGUCAAAGGGAAAUCUUUAUCAUGAUUUAAAGGAAAUGAUAACAGUUUCGCAGUUUGCUCUGAACAGUAAAGUGUCUUCAUUCUAACUUUUCUUUGCUUCAUUUAAAUGAGAAAGAAAUAUUGGUAUGUUCUGAAUACUUAAGAUACAAAUCUUCUUAAGAUGUCCUGCUAUUUGUGUGCUACUAUAUUCUAAUUCUAAGUAAGUUGAGCACUUAAAUACUGUACAGAUCAGAAAAUUCAGCAGUAUUUCAGAGUAGGUGAAAGAAGCAAAGGGGAUACAGUACCAUACCAGAAUAUAACUGAAAAUUAUUUAUGCUUGCACAAAUUACUGCAGGAUCUGAGAGAUGCCAAUCCAGUUUUGCAAUUAUAAUUUAUUUGGAACACAGAUUUCACAAUAUACCUGUAUCUUAUGUUCUUAUCAUACAUCCUGUGUAGUUGGUACCCUUACUACUUGUGGCAUAUUGAAUUAUUCUUUAAACUCCACUCAGAGCACAGAGAAGCUAAAAUUUUCAGGGUAACAGGAUAAGCAACAUGAAUACAAUUAAUUCUCUAAUACAUAAAAUUGUGACACUGCUGUUAUGAUUUAUGGCUUUGCUUUAGAUGAGCUAAUUGCCAUAAUUACACAAUUUAGUUGCAUUAUGCAUUCAGCAAUUGAAAAAUGUGCAGCUAAUAGAAAAGCAGGUGAUGGCAUUUGUUGCUGUUGCUUGCUAACCCAAAAGAAAAAUAACAGAAACUUCCAUUUUAAGAAAGGCAAAUAUAAAGUCUUCAAAAGAUUUUCUUCUCUCAAAAUAUGUAAGGAAAAACCAGGCAACAUUUGCAAACUCCCUGAGGAAGUAGAAGGAAAAAAACAACAAACAUUUAAACAAUUUCCUCAAAGUGGUUGUUUCUCUUUGAACAUAAAGGAAUACAGAAAAAUAAAAGAUGAAAUAGAUUUAAUUCCCUUUAUUUUUUCUAUUUUACUGUUCUUAUGGGUUUGAAAUUACCAAAGCCUAGCAUUGGCUGUUCUCUUGGAGAUGGCGGACAAAAUCCAGUAUGACUCACAUUUUUUUUGGUUUUGUAGUUUAUUUUGCAGCUUUAACUGCAAGUUAAGCCCAAAUAAAAAACAAUGGGAAGUAUAUAAGCAUUGAGUGAUUGACUGUAAGGGCUGAACAGUGAUAAAGAUUUCCCUUGCUAAGAUACUGUUUUUAUUGUAUUUUGCCUUGGAGUUUCUAUGCACUAUAAAAACCAGAAUGCAUUUACAGGUCUUUAUAUGAAUUUAUCAUUGAUAUAACAGCAUUUUUGUUGUAAAAAUGUUUGCAGUUUAAAAAGAUUUACUUCUGUAUAUUAAUUGUUUGAAACAUUUUAUUUUUUGUAUCAAUUUUUUUUGUAGGAAAUCUAGUAGCAAAAAGUAAGCUUACAGAUCAAAUCACUAGAUUGAGUAGAGCAGAAUUAAUACCUUUUGCAACAAAGAAGAGGUUAGGUAGUAUCUGGCAAAAAGCCCACCUUUUAAUCAGAUGUGGUAACAGUUUAUUGCUACCCUCACUGAGCAUUCCCAUCUUGAAACUGUGGUAUGAAGUCUUUGCCAACAUAUGCAAAUUACAUGAAUAGAUGCUUUUUGGUGUUAGCGAACAAGGGCUGCACUGAAUGCAGGCAGGAACUGGAGAACCUACAUUAAGUAUGGAUUUUAGAUCUAUGAUGUGUUCCUCCUAUCAGGACUGUAUUAGAGUUUAAGAUUGGCUGCUGUAACAGUAGUUUUGUCUUGACCUGCAUCUAGUAUGUUCUGCUCGCCAUGUCUGCAAGGCAUUUGAUGUUUAGUUUUAGGUUGGCAAGUAGUUUUUUCAUCUUGGUGAGUGGUUUUAUUCCUUGUAUGUCUGCCUGGGUUCAAACUUCCUUGGGUUUCUCUAUGGAAGGCAAUAGUAAAUAAUAUUAAAUAGUAAAUACUACAUAACUGACAUAAUGGUCAUAACUCCAAAGGCAUAAACCCUAUAGUUUUUAGUUCACAUGCCACAUAGGAAGCUCUGGAAAUCUCUUGUGUGUAUGUCAACAAAUACAUGUUGUGUAUGUUGACAACAUUCCUACUGCAGUUGCUUUGUGUAUCUGGUUUAUUAUGCAAACAUAGCCUUCAAUAGGACAAAAAUUUGGCAACCUUAAACCAAAGCUCUAGGCAAUGAUUUUUAACUCCUUCAAGCCAAGAGGUACCAAAUGAGAGCCAAAACAAUUCUGAAGAUAUUUCUUUCAAACAGCAGGUAGAGCAAGUAUAAGGAGCCACAGAAGAAUUAGCUUUAAUAAUGAACAUUAAUCUGUAGUAAUUGACUUAGACUCUGCCUACCCAUAUAACAGCUGCAUUUGUUUGGCAAAUUGUGUCUUCCAAGACAAAAUCCUUGUUUUCUUGCAAAAGUGGUAUGUUAUUGGUUUCUAUACUAACAAAAGUCCUAGAGGAAAAAAUUAGUCUGCAAAAGAAUCUUGAAGGGCUGUUCCUAAUGCUUCAAACUGGUCACUGCAAAUUCCUCCUUUCCGUAGGUCCGAAGUAGACACUAGCAGCUGUGAGACCAGAUUCCUAGUGAAGAGUGACAAAUAUUAUUUCCAAACUGCGAGCUCAGCUAGAACUGUGUGAAAAUUUCCUUAGGAUGGAGACCUAAGAAAUACCCAGUAGUGAGUCAAGAUGAUUAAGUAAUUAGGCAUAGGUCAUUUGACAUGGCCAAUCCUGAGGAAGAAAGAAAACGUGUAAGUAUUGAUGCUGAUAUUGAAAUCAGCAUCCAUGUGCCUCUGUUUUCCAGCCAAAGAAAUUAGGUUUAUAUGCUACCUUUAAAUUCACUCUGAAAACUCUUCUAUGUUGACUGCUAAGCAAUUAAAUUUAGAAAGAAACCGAUGGGUGUCUUCAGUGUAGGCAGAGUUUUUCAGAGGACCACUCAACUAUGUGUUGAGCUCCCCAGCAUGUGCAGACUGACCGCAAUUAGUCACAUGAUGUUGCAGUUCUAGUUGGGAGCUCCCCAAAAGCAGGAAGGGGAAAGGAGUGAGGAAGAAACCACUUGAGAAUGGUUGCAGGGGCAUGGAAAGGACCUGCAGAUACUCCAUAGGGGUCCUGAGGGACAGCAGGAAUGGAGUGAGAUGACUGGCAGUUCAAUGUGUGCAGAAAGACAGAGUGUAAAUUUGUAGGAAAACUUUUUUUUUGGUUGUGCCAUUCAGAGUGUUUGUGUAAAGCUCUGUACAGUGACUGUAAACAAUCUGCUACUGCUAAGCACUUGUGUAGGUGAAAACAUAAAGCCAAGUGGUAUGUUUCAUAAGAAAAUCAGAAGUUACAUCCUUGGAAAUUUUUUACCACUUGCUUUAAAUAGUUUUGCAUUCUUGUUACUUUCUUAUACCAGAGCAUAUAUAAUGCAUUAAACAAUUCUUUAUGAGAAAAAUAACUCAAGUUCCAAACUUUACAACUUGUUACUGAAACUGGGUUGUCUAAAUCUACUGUUGAUGACUGAGUUAAUAUUUAUAGUUGAAUUUUAUGAGACUUCAAACUUGUAAUGUUUAUUCUGUUAGUCAAAAUGAUUGGAUUUUAUUCCAUAAAGAAACUUAUCUGAUUCAUUUUGCUGUUCAGCCUUUUGAUUAACGAAACAAAGAUUUUUGUCCAUUUUUAUUACAUGGGUAAUAUUUCUAUCAACUGACUUACUGAAUUAUUUUCAAAUUGACAUUAAAAGUUAUGUAACAGUGCCUUGAAGGAAGGUAUUUGUUUACCAUAGUUAAGUUAAUUUUUCUCUUUUGCAAUAUGUUUGUUAAAAAUUUCAGAGGAAACAUGACAGCAAAAACUAUUUUUCUAGUGAAAGACUACUAAACCUAAUGCUUUUAUCACGCUUGCCUUAUUUUAUAUUCUGAUUUUAUACUCUGUGUUCACUCAACUGUUCUAUUGUUUUGCUUGAGCGGUAAGAUCUGUACAGAAAAUGGAACAGCCUCUGUAUGUUUGAUGUAUAUGGAAUAAUGAGUAGUUAUGAGUAGUGUUAAUUGAUAAUAUUGUAUUUACUGAGAAGUCCAAUAAAUUUUACCAUGAAGAAUCCAUGAA